AUGCCAGAAAAGAAGACCACAUCAAAGAAGAAGCCUGUCAAUCAGGCACCACCUGUGGUAAUGCUGCCAGUGCCAGCAUCCAUAUCUGCAUCAAAACCAGCAGCAGCAUCCUCACCACCACUGCCAGUAUCUGAAGAGAGCCUUGCGAAGCUUAUCACUCUUGCCACGUCAUCACUGGACUUGCCAUUAGGGAUCAUUUGGGCACACGCCUUUCGGGAAGGGUUGAGGGAUGGAUUUCAGAGGGGGACAGAGCUUUUCAAGGACAAGGAUGUGAAGCAGGCAUUUUGUGAUGGUGCAGAUGAAGGUCAGAUAAUGGGAAUACUGAAUGAGAGGAAGGAAUGGGAGGCAGCAGGCCAUGGCUUCUGGUGUUUCAACAUGAAAACAGAUUGUUUCUCCUGCGAUGUAGGACUUCCUGACAGGCAUACCUGCACUGCCAACAAGGUUGAUGCUAUGGUUCAGGUGGAUUUUGUUGAGGCUCGACCACCUUCUCUUGAUGCUGCCAUUCAGGUUUCUCCCUCACACCACACUUCCUCAUCCCAGACCACUCCACCUCUUCUUGUCAAUGCCGAAGCUCAAGCCCUGCUUGUGGAUAGUGUUUACAGGUCCAGUCCAUAG